CAGGUUUCUACUGCCGCCACCCAGCCUCUCUGACUUUCCGCUUGACGAUCUCUGUCACCAUGUUGCUCACCAUACCGGCCGCAUACUUGCUGGCUUUACACAUCGUCGUCUUGAAGCGAGACCGUGUCGGGCUUCGGUUCCCUGUCAAGAAAUAAGCGACCACGUCCGGCACAGCUGCGACUACUCACUAGGCUCCUAAUGGCCCCGGCAAUGUUGUCACUCAAGUCAGAGCUCCCCAUGUCACCACCAGAUGAUGCUGCCUUCCGCAGUGGUACUUCGGGUGGUUUCAGCGAAGACGAUGACCUCCCGGACGAGCGCUCCCCAACAUCUUCUCAGGAGCUACUCAGUCCCUGCCCAUCGUCUUACAUGGACGGCGACGAUUUUGACGACGACGAGUCCGGAGACUCUUCCUCCACGGCAUCCCAGCUUUCCUCUAGACGCAAGCGGACCCCGAAGACUUCGGCACGAUCUAGGACAACGGCUUCAGCAACAACGCUGAAGACACCAGGGCAGCCCAAGAUGAAAAAGACCCGGCGGCUUAAGGCCAAUGACCGCGAGAGAAAUCGAAUGCACAAUCUCAACAGCGCUCUGGAUCGUCUCCGCUGUGUUUUGCCGACUUUUCCCGAUGACACCAAGCUGACCAAGAUCGAAACGCUCAGGUUCGCGCACAACUACAUUUGGGCCCUUUCGCAAACGCUCAAGAUAGUCGAGUCCAAGGCGGAGAAGAAGGAUCCACCGGAGGUGCCUCAGGACACGCUCACUACGACGCCGACAUCGCCCGCUGGACUUCACGAGCCGACGACCACGCCGUUGGUAGCGACGUUGACCCCGUUGGCUACCGCUGGGCCUACGACACCUCGGGGAUAUUACACGCCCCCUCUAUCCGUUACGUCAUCGCCGUCGCCCGUGAGGCAGCACACACCUUCAUCAGCGUGUCUAGGGUCACCCUCGACGCCGUGGAACUUGUCAUCCUGUCCGGGUUCGGUGGUUGUGUCGACGCCGGCUAGUUCUGUGGACUUUUCGGACUCCUCGUGUUCUGGAUCAGAGUGCGGCUUCACGACUUACGAGGCCUUAUGAGGAACGCCUGCGCCUAACAUUCACACCGACUAAAGGCCCCAGCAAGUGGACACUGUGUGUGUGAACAAAGUGUGAGAGUCAAGCGAACAUUGCAUGGCGGGCUGAUACGCACACGCGAAAAAAAAAAAAGACCAUUCGCGCAAUUCUGUGGACUUGGGUGUUGGGGCCUAAUUGCCUAACACCUUUCAUCAGCCCUCAUAAAAACGACGUGGACAUUGUGGCAAUCUUCAUGAUACUCGAAUAAUUUAAGCCUUCUUUAUUCCGCUUUUCAU